AUGAUUGACAACCUUCAGUACCUUGUAUACCACCUCCUCAGUGUGGUCUACUCUGUCUUUUUCGGCCCUCUGAGCAAAAUUCCUGGUCCUUGGUAUCUCGCUGCCACUCGCAUUCCAUACAUACGUCAGAACUUGAACGGCACUGUCUUGCCAUGGCUGCAAGAGCUGCAUGAGAAGUAUGGUCCAAUGGUUCGCUACACUCCAAAUGAGGUUUCUGUCAUCUCGGGCAAGGAAAAACCAUGGCAAGAGAUUUACGGUUUCCGCACUGGUAAGCAGAGGGGAACAGCAUCUUUCGAGAAAGACCCUGCCUGGUAUUCGGCACCACCACUCGGCGUCCCGCACCUCAUCAACGCUGAAGCAGAGAACCACGGUCGUCAACGCCGUGUUAUCAGUCACGCCUUUUCCGACAAGGCCCUCCGAGAACAAGAAGGCUUGCUUCAAUCCUAUGUUGAUCUACUGGUUUCAAGAUUCCGUGACAUCUCGAAAUGUAACCCAGAUUACGCUUCAGGCGGCGAAGGGUGGGACUCUAAUGGCAACAUCGACCUUUGCAACUGGUACAAUGGCUUCACAUUCGAUGUGAUUACAGACUUGAGCUUCGGUCAUCCCUUUGGAUCUCUCGCCAAUUCCAAGCAACACGUCUGGAUCCCGUACAUCCUGUCAAGUGUCAAAGCCGUAAAGUACUUUUAUGUCAUGUACUACUUCCCCUUCGUCAAAAAGCUAGGCUCCUUGAUCGUUGACAAAGCGGCACUCGUCAAGCGUGCUGAACUUUUCCAUUGGAUUGCGCAAAAGACCGAUGAUAGACUCGCUUCGGAGACACAACGACCAGACUUUGUAACAUCCAUUCAGAAUGGCGGCAAGAAAGGCGAGGGUCUGCGUGACGGUGAGGUGCAAAGCAACCUUGUCUUGUUCAUGGCAGCCGGUACUGAGACAACCGCGACUACACUAUCCAUCGGCAGCUACCUUCUACUCAACAACCCAACCGUUAUGGACAAACUCAAGCAAGAGAUCAGAAGCCACUUCAAGAGCAACGAUGAGAUCACCGUCGACUCGGUUGUUCGUCUUGAAUAUCUAAAUGCCUGCAUCCAGGAAAUUUUCCGCUGCUAUCCUCCCGUACCUGCAGGAUUCUUGCGCAAGGUGCCUGAGAGUGGCGGAGACGUUGCUGGUGUACAUUUCUCAGGCAAGGGCAAUGCAUCAAUCUCCGUUAACCAAUAUGUCGCCAACCGCUCUAAGCUCAACUUCGCCAAUCCGACACAAUUUGUCCCCGAACGCUGGCUCCCCAGCCGACCAGAAGAAUAUGCUGACGACAACCUCGCAAUUGUGCAACCUUUCUCCUUCGGACCCAGAAACUGCUUGGGCAAGAACCUGGCAUGGGCAGAGCUUCGCUUGGUAUUCGCAAAGGUAUUGUUCAACUUCGAUAUGGAGCUGGACGCAAGAAGCGAAAAUUGGGAGAAGAGACUUGAGGUCCACACUCUGUGGUUCAGACCUCAAUUGUGGGUCAAGUUGACUGAGGUGGCACAGUAA